AUGGAAGACAGCAAAAGUCGAUCUUCGAGCCUGGCUCUAGUGGAAGGCGAUGUUUACUCCAGCAGCUCUAGUCAAAGUGAAACUCUCACAAAAGAGCAGCAGGCAAUUAUUGACAGCAUUGGCAACAAACAACUGGCGAAUCAUCUCCAUAAGCGCACAUUGAAAAUAUUCUCAAGGGAAGAGCGGUUAGCUGCUAUCGAGUUCUACCGGACACAUGCGCAUAUCAAUCCCCAGACAGGCGAAGAACGCAACAUUUCGACUGCCAGCGCGUCCGAAAUACUUCAUAUCAGCAAAUAUACAUUGGAGAGGUGGAUUAACGAGGAAGCAAGAAUUACUUCCAUGAAACACGGAAAUUCCAGAGAUGAUGGCGAAAGAUAUUCAUCUACUCCCAUGCCAGAGCGAUUCAUGUCUGGGAAUUAUCCCUUUCUCAGACUAACACCAGGGCAACUUUUUGCAAAGAAAUACGUAAAAGGAACGGAUCUUUGCAAGUUGCAUCCCAUCACUCAUCCGGUGCCGUUCGUAGGCAUCGAAGGCGGGCGUCGCGGUAAGAUCGAGAGUUUUGCAGGUGCUUAUAGAUUUCUCGGACAUGCGGAAGAUACUUUGCAUCCCGGGCAUCCUCGUGAACCUAGCUUGGACUCAGAGAUACUGUCCCGGCAAUCUAUUAUCGAAGCUGCUGCCCCUUGUCUGGAAAGUUCUCUAGGAAAUAACCCAGGAAUUCAAAGAUUAACAGUCCAGAAUGUCAACUCUCUAUUAUACCAUCUUGCGCCUCGCUAUACUCUUCGACAACCUGGUUUGACAAGAUGCACACCCUGUUAUAAAGAACUGGGGGCUUGUGUCAGUCUUAUAUGCGAGUAUCUGGUCGCCGCCAGUGAUAAGCUUAAGUCUGCCAUUCCGGUCCGAAUCGGGUUCGACUACGACGAGCCCUUCGACGGUGCGCCUCCACACUGGGCCAUAAAGCUACUUCUUAAAACAGACGCUGAAAUCCUGCUGCCUCUAUCGCUCUGCCUGAGAGGUUCAGUCAAGCAUGAAGUAGUCCCAGAUACACUCCUACUCCAGGGCUGGACUAUGGACUAUGAGAUCCUAAAAUGCAAGACGCGAAAACGGCAAAGGAACGACGAGAGAGAGUACGCAAUCAAAUACUCGCAGGAAUUCUAUCAAAAGUCCCAAGCCAUACUUGAAAAAUUUCGGUUGAGUCCGGUGCUGCACAUCCAAGACGUCGAAAUGCUCUUCUUGAGAUCUGAUUCCUGGAGACCUCGCCGUUUCUCCCCAACAUGGACUCUCUAUAGCACCAUUCUACAUUCGAGCUAUCGCUCAGGAGACACCUUAACUCCCAUAUACGGGAAAUACACAGAUGUGGAAUCGGUGGUUGAUGCUAUUGUCACAAAGGCUCCUCUGGUGGCCUUCGCCGUCCCAGUGGUCCAGCCUCUUCAGAUUGUUUCACUUGAUCACCUCUUUCUCAUUCCCCAGGUUUCUGAAGAUACGGUCCUGUCUCAGUUCUUUGGUGACCUGGAGGUUUCUGAAGCACCCUCGUACAAGAAAUUGAAGCUAGAAUCUAUCGAGGAGACACUCAAGCAGGGUGCCUCUACCACCCGCGAUCGCGAAUUUCGCAGGAAUCUCGUAAAGUCAUUGAAUCUAGGUGCCAAAAAGCACCCAGAACGUAUCAAUGACAAGAAAAGGUGCAUGUACUACAGCUGCCCAGAGCCACAGGACGCCCCUGUAUCCUUCUACUGCCGUCACCAUUCCGAGUCGCUCAUCAACUAUGUGAUGAAUCCUGCCGAACCACUAAAGCAGCCGGCAUAUCACAGUCAGAACCGCGAGAUAAAUAUGACAGAUGAAUCUCGCGCCAUCCUGCAUGAACUAAAAUCACUAUAUGAGCGACCUGAGAAGACUUGGAUCGUUGAUUUCGAGUACAUAUCAAUGCCGAAGAGAUAUUCGCCAAUACCACUACAGCUUGCAAUCAGACAACUGGACGGGAAGCUGCUAUACCAAGGGAAUAUCCAUUACGAUAUGUCCAUGCAAGAAUUUAUGGGUGCGACAUCCUCUUAUGUAUCGCAGAAGCACGGGAUGAUGGGGACUGUUUUCAUAAGGUGCUAUGGGGGUCUUAAUACAAACGGAGAGACGCCACUCCAGGUAAGGGACCAGAUCAUCAAAGUCUGCGGAUAUAACCCAGAUUAUAUCAAGAUAUUAUCUUGGUACGCCGCCCAAGAUAUGCAGUGUUUCCUCAGGAUCUUGACUGGGGGCGAAGAGUUAAUCCAGGAUAAGGUCUCUCAUAAAGGUCAUGAGAAUUUUCAGUCAAUCAACGUCGGAGGCCUUUGCGGAAAGCUAUUCCCCAGCCUUCUCUCAACGACGCUUGAGUCGGUUCACGAAUUUUUCGGCGGAAGUGGGGUGUCUGGCGGAGAAUACCAUACUGCUUUAUAUGACACUGAGGCAAUGGCUACGAUCGUCAGGACUCUUGUACAGUUGUAA